AUGAAUCUCUGUCAAUCAAUGACAAUAAAGGUUAUUUAUUGCUCUCGGUAUGUUCAUAUCUAUCUAUCUAUUUAUCUAUCUAUCUAUUUAAUUGUCUUGGAUUGUUCAUAUCUAUCUAUAUGUGCAUCUAUCUCAUAUGUUAAUAUCUAUCUAUCUAUCUAUCUAUCUAUCUAUCUAUCUAUGUUCAUAUCUCUCUAUCACUUAAUUUAUCUAUCUCAAUAUUUUCAAAUCUAUCUUGGAUUGUUCAUAUCUAUCUAUAAAUCUAUCUAUCACAGUAUAUUCAUAUCUAUCUUUCUCAGUAUCUUCAUAUCUAUUCAUCUUUCUUCAUAUGUUCAUUUCUAUCUCUCUCUCUCUCUCUCUAUCUAUCUAUUUAAGAUUAUUUAUUUACCUAUUUAUCAGUCUAUUUCUCUAUCUAUCUAUUUAUCUAUAACAGUCUGUUCAUAUCAAUCCAUCUAUCUGUGUGUUUAUAUUACUUCAUUUUUCUACAAUAAAUCAAAUAUUUCCAUUGAUCGGAUGCUAUAG